AGAGCUUGCUUUUUUGUGUGUUACUUUGACCGCCAAAUCAAAAGUUUGUUUUGAGACUUUUCCCCCUACAUUGUUAACAGCAUGUCCAAGAAUGGCUUCUUUUGUUUUCUAACUUUGUUCAUUUUAUUGAUAGAUGUAGGGACAGAAUAAUACUUUAGUCAGCUAUAAUAUAAUUUUUUUUGUGCUCCAUUUUGACCGGAAAUCGUUGCAAGAAAGAACACAGACAAUGGAACAAAAUUUUGCAGAUUUAUUGAAUGAUGCAUUUUCAGGAAGAAGAGCUUGACUUUGAGCCAGGAUAUUUCAAUGAGGCUGAUGGAGAGGGAAGUACUGAGAGUGGAUUUGGGCUACCAGCCUUAACUGAGGAAGAUGAGAAUGAAGACCUGGAAGAGACAGAGGGAAUUGCUUGUGCAACUAAUGGUACAUCAGAUGAGGAGCCCAUGUGGAGCAGAGCUGGGUUCCCAUGUCAUGAAGAAUGGGGGGAGACCGUAAAUUUGGGCAGACGGGAAGAUGAGGACAGAUGUGAGAUUUACAGUCAGGAUGAAGACUUAGCAGAAGACACGGAUGAAGGUGUGGGAGAAGGUGGAUCCGGCUCCUCACUGGACAGCUAUCAGACAAACAGUUUUGGAGUAGAGUGUUUAGGUGGUGAUCAAAUGGAGGACACAGAGGACACACAAUGUGAGAAUCCAAUCACAAAUCAGGGUAAGGAGUUUGAGCUUCUGGUUGGAGAUGUAAAACUGGUAGUAGAUUCAGCAGAGGAAGAAGAGGAGAGAGUGACACGUCAAGCAGAUACCUCAUCUGGAGGUUCAGACUCAGAGGGUGAGGAAGUAAUUCCUGUCACAGUAGAAUGUAACAGAGAUGGAAAGGAGGAUGGGAACUUGUUUUCAUCCCAUUCUCCCCAAACAGAGGACAGAGAGGUAGAGACAAGUGAAGCAUUGGAGGAUGAGGACAAAGAUAUUGGAGAGGAGGAUGAGGAAGAGGAUGGAGUAAAAGAGGAUCUUUACCAAAAGUGGCCCAGUAGGCCCCCUAAGGAGUGCUCCAGCUCAGAGAGUGAAGAUUCACUGGAGGACCAUGAGCACCAGUGCAAGGGAGACCUAAAGGAAUUUUCAGAGGCAGAUUGUGGCAUAAUAGGAGAGGGCUAUGCAGAGUAUCCAUCUGAGGAGGAAAAGCUUUGUGGGGGCAAAGAGACGAAGAGGUUAGGGAUGGAAUUGGGAGAACUCCCAGAGAGUGUAAUGGUGGAAAAGAACAUGCAGCCGGGAGGCAAACUUUCUGAAUGGGAGCUGAUGGAAAAGGAAGUGGUGGUCUGUGAGGAGAUUGGAAAGAGGGGUUUGAUAGGGGGAAAUAAAGGUUUAGAGUUGGACGAAGUAGGCGAGGAGGGUGGAGAAAUAGAUGUAGGUUUGAAUGAAGCAGAGGAAGACAUGGAUGUAGAAGGAGAGAGGAAUGCAGAGGAGAAAAUGAUGGUUUUAAAUUCCUCUAGUAUGAGGAAAGGGAGUGAGGGAGAUGGGGGAGAGCUCAGAGAUUCAGAGAUCGAGCUUGAACCUGCAGCUACUCUUGGGGAGCAGCCCAGCGACAAAAAGGAAGAACACAGGAGUGACACUGACAGCAACAGUUUCAAGAAAGGACAGGAGGAAUUUUAUGACGAAUCUCUUCACAAACCCAAACAGGCAGGAGAAGAGUGGGACCAUGAGAACAUACCUUAUGACAUAAAACACAACAUCAUAGGGAAUCUGGAAUAUGGUGAUGAAGAGGGGGUCUGCUGUCUUACGGACAAUGGAGGUAAUAAUCAAGAAAGCUCUGCUGAUGGCAGGUGUUCAGAAGCUCUGUUGGGCUGGAGUCCUGGGUUGACCUCUCUGCCUGUCUCUCCAUCAGAGAGAGAUGGCAGUGACAGCAACUUGGACAGCAGUCUGAGUGAUGUGGAUCCUUUUGACAAAGCCUCUGACCCCAUGACGGCCUGGACUCAUGAUGUUACAGGUCUUCCAGCUAUCAGAGUUCUGAGCACUAGCGACCCAGACCUUCAGCUAGACUCAGAGUCAGAGGAGGGGAGUGCCAGUCAGUUCCUCUCUAGUACUGAGGCACACAGAAGUCCAGGAACUGGGGAGGGAGAGUUUGGGAAUGAGGAGGAGGAUGAUGGUGAAGAGGAGAGGAACUGGGAGCAGGAAAGAGAGAGGAUUGAGGCCUUUUACCGGUAUUACAACAAUGACCCAGAUGAGGACGAUGGUGCAGAAGAAGAGGCCUGUGGGCGUUCAGGCAGGAAGCACAUGGUCCGAUUCUGCCUGGACUCAGUACUGCCCACCGUCCCACUCCAGCAGGACUCUGACAGCAGUGACAUGGAUGUUGUCAGCAGCUCCUCAGGGGAGAGAGAGGAUUCAGACACUGCAGAGACAGAUGCUGUGAUUGGCGCUGUGACUGGUGUGGUGACUGGUGUAGUGACCAAAGCUGUGACUGGGCCAUCUGCGAGGCUGGAGGUUGAUGGUGCAACACAUAGGGAAAAGCUCUCUCUCUUCCUGCAGGAAGCUCAGGUCACUCAGGCAGAGCUAAAGAACCUGAGAACUGAGCUGAGAACCAAGCACCGGAGGGACAGGAUUUCCAGGAUGUUGAUGUCAGUUGUGAAGCUGAGUCUGGUGUCUAUGCUGGGAGUACUUAUGUUCUGGUGGGCAACUGAUCAGCUGGACUGGAUUGGAUGGGUCUAGCAGAAUCCACCAUCCAUCCACCAUCCUGAGGAGCGGACACAAUCUACCCCUCCGUCAGUGGAGU